AUGAGUUGGAAUUACCCACACAUAUCGUUAGAGGAAAUGGUGAAACUAAUAAAAGGGUUUGUAGAUAUAAUGAUUUUAGCAUCGGGGUAUCAAUCCUCUGGUCUUUUAGCCCACUGGGACGCCCAAAACAUCAAGAAAGCCAUCCACUGGGGUUCCUUCUUCCAAAAUGUACUUAAGCACAUGAGUAGCUCAGAUGUUUACCAGGAGUCAAUUAAGGAACUUGAUGCAACUAUCUGUCAAAUGAAAUCAAAUCCUUAUUUCCCUCAGGGUCUUGCAAAUCUAUCAUGUGACACUCUGGGUAGGGGGAGGAGUUUUGCGUUAGCCCAUUUGUUUCAGAUUUUACCAUUGAGGGAUUCGAAUCUCAAAGCUUUUUUAACUGCUGUAAUUGAGAUGGAUCUUGAUAGGAUUUCAGAAUCGGAGCAUGACUGUCUAAGUGUGUAUCUAAACAAGUUAAAGCUGCAGAGUGCUUCGCUUAACUUGGUUCUAGAAAGGAGGGGUUUUGAGAAGGAUUCAAUGGUUUUAUCAGAAGAAGUUAGUCAAACUUUGAACGUUGGAAAAUUCACUGAUGAUGACCUGACGGAGUUAACUCUUCAAGAAAUCUUCAAGAGGCAGUCUGCAGUGUCAUGCAUAACGACAGUUGAGACAGGCUUAGAUGUCCUCUCUAAUGCUAUCAGAUGUAGUAAUGGGACUGAAUCUGAUCAUAGCUUAUUUGAAGAACAACUAAAACUCAACAGAACUCCAUCAUCAGCGGGGGAUACAGAACAGUUGGUUGAUUUUGUCACGUGGAAUAAUUGGAAAUCAAAGAUGGUUUCUUAUUUUCUUGAUAAGAGAACCAUUAAGUUGGUCUCAGGUGCGAGCAUGAUGUUUUCUGCCCCUAAGAUGCAGUGGCUACAAGUGUUAGAACGGCUGACUACUUCAGUAGAUUGCAAGGAUGAUGGUUUGAGUGAAAUAAUUGAACUCCUAUUACUCGGAUGCAUUGAAAGCAAAUGGAGUUGUCUAAUUGAAUAUGCUACCUCAGUUUCAUAUGACUCCGUCACUAUCUCAAAGCUAUAUUAUGAAGUGUGCAGCUUACUUACUGGAAGAUCUCAAGGUUUCCAUUCCAAUGACAGAGCAAAAGAUUCAAAGGAAAAUGAUAUUCUUGAGUAUCUGGCCAGACUGCUGGGCGAUCAACUUCCUCUAUUGUGGAAACAGUCCCCUGUCCUUGCAGCAGUUGCAAUCCCAUUCUGGUCACCUCUGUUGAGAUUGUAUCUAAGUGAAGUAGAGACUCAAUUCAAAGGAGAUUCUUCAGUCGAGAGGUUUUGUGAUUGCAAUGCUGCAGCUGUAUUCAAGGUAGGAAGCAGCACAGAGAUUGCCAAUGUGAAAAGUGCUGUCACUGUUGACAUUGCAUCACUAGCUGCAAGUCUCAAUCCUUGCUCCAAGUUGGGACUGAUAUGA